AUGAAGUUCUCCAAGCUGCGUCCUUUGCCACGGCUAGUUUCGCUGCUCAGUCCGCUUGGUAGAAUGUUGCAGCUGCACAACGAUGCCAGCAGUCACAUUGUGCGACCCGAUUGGCACGCCGUCACAGACGGACGCUGGAACAAGGGCCUGAGUUUCACCAUUGAGGAGCGUCAGCGAUUGGGCGUCCAUGGGCUGUGGCCAUGCUCGCAUCGGGACUUGGAGGAGCAGCUGAAGGCCGUGGGAAUCAACUUCCAUGCGCGCAAGGGCAACAUCAGCAAGUUCACGUACAUCAACUCGCUGUCGCACCGGCACCAGCGGCUGUACUACCGCUUUCUUAGGGACUACACGGAAAUUGUGCUGCCCAUCAUCUAUACGCCGACGGUGGGGGAGGUUGUCGCCUCCUUCGGGCUGCACUUCAGGUAUCCCGAGGGCCUGUACAUCACCAUCUUCGACCGGGGCCACAUCAAGGAUGUACUCGAGAACUGGAAGGAGAAGUAUGUCCGGGCCAUAUGCGUCACGGACGGCGGUCGCGUCCUGGGUCUCGGCGACAUGGGGGCCAACGGCAUGGGCAUAUCCAUUGGCAAGAUUGCCCUGUAUACCGCCUUGGCGGGGGUGCCGCCACACCAGCUGCUGCCCGUCUGCCUGGAUGUGGGCACCGACAACGAGGAGCUGCUCGGCGAUCCGCUGUAUGUGGGAGCGCGAAUCAAGCGCGUACGCGGCGCCGAGUACGAGGACUUUGUGCAGGAGUUCAUGGAGGCUGUGGUGGAUUCCUAUGGCACGGAUAUCUUCAUCCACCACGAGGACUUCGCCACGCCCAACGCGAUAAAGUUCCUGAAGAAGUAUCAGUUCUCCUACUGCUGCUUCAACGACGACGUUCAGGGCACAGGCGCCACCGGUCUGGCCGGCAUGCUCAACGUGGAACGUGUGACCAAGCGGAAGCUGGAGGACAUGAUCUUUCUGUUUGCCGGUGCAGGGAGUGCCGCCCUUGGCAUUGCCAAUAUGCUGCUCACGGCCCUGCAAGCACGAGGACUCUCCCCCGAGGAGGCGGCCAACAAAAUCUAUCUGUUCGAUCACAACGGCCUCGUGACGUGCGCGUCGGAGAAGAUUGAACAGCAGGCCAGGAAGUAUGCCAAGCCCAUGGACCCGAUCAAGGACCUCGCCGACGUGGUGGACCAUCUGAAGCCCUCGAUUCUGUUGGGGGCCACUGGCGUUGGGGGACUCUUCACCGAGCAGGUGCUCCGAGCAAUGGCCAAACAUCAGGAGCGACCUGCCGUGUUUGCCCUCUCGAAUCCCACCAACAGGAGCGAGUGUACGGCCGAGCAGGCCUACACAUUCACAGAGGGUCGAGUCUUGUUCUGUUCGGGAUCGCCGUUUCCGCCCGUGGUGAUGAAUGGCAAACGCUUCAUCCCCGCACAGGCCAACAAUUGCCUGGUGUAUCCGGGGAUCGCUUUGGGCGCAAUUUGUGCGCGGGGCCGCUUUCUGCCGGACGAAAUUUACUCCGAGGUGGCCGCCACGCUGGCCAAUAGAACAUCCGAGGAGCGGCUGGCCGCCGGCAGCCUGUAUCCCGCCAUCAGGGAGGCCAACACUUUGGCCUUGGAUGUGGGCGUGGCCGUGGCCCAGUACCUCUUUGAACACGAUCUGGCAAACAUCUAUCCCGUGCCCAAGGAUGUGUGCCAAUUCAUUCGGAAGACUCAGUACAAGCUGGAGUACGAGAGCGCUCUGCCGCCCACCUGGUCGUAUCCUCAUUUCCCAGCCUGUCUCGGCAAUGAUUGCAAAGCGAAGACUAUUUUGUAAUUAGAGACAACUCUCACAGAUACACCACACACAGAUAAAUGUAUCUGGUGUCGCACAGGAUGGGGGAGGCUGGCGGUAAAUGCUCGACAUUUUAACGUUAUUAUUGUCCUGUCAACGAGGGACAUUGACAUGCUGCUCUCGCUUCUCGCUGCUCCCUGCUCCCUACUCCCCGCUCCCUACACCCUGCUGUAUGUGUGUAUGCGCGUGCGUAUCUGUGUGUGUAUCCUGCUGAUUUGCAUAUAAAAUAGGACGAAAUGUCGGCUGCUCACCA